AGUCCCUAUUAGAGUUGUCCUAACUCGCCUAAUUGCAUUGGAGAGACGUACCGAACUACCGGAUUAGGCAAUUAGGGCAACCAAAUCAACUCCAUCGGGUGAAGACCCAGAACGAAGGAAAGAAACCAAUCACCCUUGUUAACGAUUAUUGAAUAGGGCCCCAAAUUAUGCUAAGGAGACAUUCUCUCUCAUAGGGUAAUUAGCCCUUAAAUUGAGGGAAUUGAUCAAGGUCUCUCAAUUAUCAUUACAAAUACGCAAUCAAUAUAUAGUCAAACAUGUCAAUCACAAAAUAGAGUUCACAAUCAUCAUUCUACAAUAUCCUAGACUAAGGUUCACAUCAUCUAAGUGAAAUGAGAAUUACACCAUAACUAGAGAAAGAACUACAAGUAAAGAGAAGGAAAGCCCCAUAAAAUGAUUAUUUACUUUCUUCUUCCUAGUUGCUUGGGAUGGCGUUGAAGAUGAAAUCUGACCUCUUUUGAUCUUGGAUUGGUCAAAUUCCUCUCCAAAUUUUUUGUUCGUCGCUUUCUUUCUAGAUUGCAGAAGAAGAUCUAAAUCUCUCUCGAAAAAUUUCCUCUGCUUUGGAAAUCUGCUCAUUCUCAUAUUUAUACCCGACAGUGCACAUUUCACUGUCAUCCGUCAUGCCCAUGAUGUGUGCAGUGAAACCAUGAUCUUAGCGCAAAAAGCGCUAUUUCACUUACACCCUUCAUGGUUUUGUUGUAUUCUUCACAUCAUACACACGUGAUCCAUGUAAUGCGUACGAGAAGUCCAAAUGCUACUGGAAAUUUGAGUUCUUCACAGUUUUGUUAUAAUCUUCAUGGUCUAUCGUCCGUCACCCAUGAACCGUGAUCCAUGAAAUUUCCAGCACUUUUUCCCAUUUUCUCUCCCUUUCUUCUGACUUUCGAUCCUUAUGCUUAUUUCACCUGCUAGAGCCUUAAAUAUUCUAAAACAAGAUAAAAACAUAGAGUAAAAUAGCUCCAAGGACGAUGCUAUACAAGUCAAAGGGGUAAAAACAUGUAUAGAAUGACUCGAAUCAAACUUCCCCAUACUUAGUCAUUUGCUCGUCCCUAAACAAACAUAACUCACAAUAGUGCAACAUGCAAGAAACUCACAAUAGUAUGCACUAUAGCUUUUUGGUAGCACCUCAAGGACAAUCAAAGACGAGAAAACAUUACAUCCAUCUCUAUGUGACAACACACUCUCAAAUGAGGACAUUGUCGACUAAAGAGGGCUAGACACUUGACUUGUGCACUAGGGGACUCUCAAGAAAACAUGUGAAAAUCAAUGGAUUCCGUGGUGGUUCUCCUACUUUUUUUUCAAAAGAGGUCUCAUACUUUGAACCUCAACUUAACUUUGACGAACAUGGCACCACAUUUGCAUUUGCAAGACAAGGGUUCGAUCGCGGGGCGAGAGCGGAAGCAACAUUCACUUCCCUUUCAUGUGUGGAAAAUGAUGGUUGAGAGGAUGGAAGGGUUUAGGUAGGUUAAGCAUUGCAGAUGGUAAGUCUGGUUCUCUCAAACACCAAUUCCCGACCUGCACUCUCGUAUAGACGAUAGACGAGUUGCAACACAUGCUAGAUAUUCAGAAGUCGCGUCUCUUAACUCUACCAGAAGAAGCAUCUAGCAUGAGAUGUAACUUCUGAAUGAAGUCCGUAAGGAGGAGCGUCCGCAGAGAAACAUGGGAAAGGUAGUAGGGUGGAGGUUGGAUGCUAGAAAGUUGUUCAUAAUUUCUCUAAAAACGCAUCCUCAAAUGGAACUUCUAUCCAAAAGAGAAGCCAUUUGAUAGGUUAAUUAAAAUAAUAUGACUGAUCGCCUCUCACAUGAACAUGGUUCAAAAAGGCACGCUUAACCUUACGCUUAGACACGCCUAGGCGCAAGGCAAUAGCAAAACGCCUCGCCUAGGGAUUUUGCGCCUAAUUAGAUACUAGAACACGUCAAUUGAGUAAGGCGACAUAAAAGUCUCUCCAAAUCAUUAGGAGAUGGAGCUAGGAAGUCAAUAUCAAAGGAGAAACUUAAGAUCAACUACGAAAUCAAUUUUCUAUAUCAAUAUUUUCAAUAUCUUAAGAACUUUGUGAGCUAUUGAGCUAUGAUUCUAUGAAUUCGUGAGCUAUGUUCUUGACAUUCAGUGUUGAGUAAGUUAUUAAUCAUUUUAACUGAAGUGAGAAAGUGUUGUAGAUUAUUAUUUCAUUCAUCAUGUUGUGCAAAUAUCUAUUUUUCUUCCAACGCCUAGACACGCUUAGUCUACGCCUAAGCGAGCUAGGCUCUAGGCAAAGGCUCAACGCUCGCCUUACGCCUAGCGCCUUUUUGAACCUUGCACAUGAAACACUUUUUCCAAAACUUUUUUCAAAACAUGAGCACCUUUUUCAUAACUUUUUGGAGUCCAAAAUUGGGGAGAGUCUCAGACUCAUGUCCUAACUUCGAUCAUAAAUAGUAGGGGUGGGCAAACGGUUCGGUAAACCCGAACCAAACCGAAACCGAAUUAAUGUUAUUCGGUUCGGAAUUCGGAAGGAAAAUAUGGAGAGUUCGAAAAUCAGGGCUCUUACAACCGAACCGAAUUUCCGAAUUUCAGACCGAAAAACCGAAAUACUAUAAUUGCAAGUUCCAAAUGAUGGAUUUUUAUGUUUGUAGUUGUUUUUAUGUGUUGAAAAUUUUGGUUUUAUCAUUGAUGAUGCAUAUAAUUGAUAUUUAUUGUUUAUAUUAGGGGUGAAAAAUAAUUUAAAAGUGAUAAAAUACAAGUACCUUCACAAAUUCGGUUUUGUGUGAAAAACCGACCCGAACCGACCCGAACCGAAUUAUAAUUCGGUUCGAAUUCGGUUUGAGGUUGGGAGAAUUCGAGGACCCAAUAUUCAUAAUUUCGGUUCGAUCGAAACCGAACCGACCGAAUGCCCACCCCUAAUAAAUAGUAUCAACACAAUCAAGAAUUGAUGAAAGUAAAGCCACUCAUGAACAAUAAUAUCCGUAGCUCCAGACAACUCCCUAUAAUGCACACCAUCACGAAAUUAAACUUUUUAAAGGACGAUAAGUAGAAAUCACGCAUGAGACAAUGUGUUCGGAACCCGUAAAAUUUUAAAUUUUGAGCGUACAACCUAGGUUCCAAAACACUCUCAAUGUAGCCCAACAUUCAAUCAUUCAUCCACAAGUGCUUGGAGCCCACAUAUUGUAGGAAUUUGGGCAAUAACAAGGCUCCACACAUUCAAAAUAUAGGUCAUUCAUCACAUUUGCAUUCACUCGCCAUUCACAUACAUAUUCAACACCCCCCCCCCCCCCCAACACACACACGUAAGCACGAUAUUUUUCCUAACGAAGCAAGAAUAAGGGCGAAACGAAGUUACCAAAUCAUUGGCGAGCAAAAGUUGAACUGGAAUUUGGACUAGUGUUGAGGGAGAGAGAGCUUCACAGUUCACACGGAACAACACACACAAACACAUGCUCACCAAAGGCGAGGUUAUUACACAAACAAAAUAUUCAAACAUCACAAGAAAACAAAAGAACUAUGUAGUUCAAAGUCAAACACACUAAAAAAGAAAUAAUGUCUAGAUUCGAGGGGGAGAAGUGGAGUGGUGGUACUAUGCCAAUAUGGCACUCACAACUGGUGGUCGUCAUCCUAGCGAGGUUGCACCUGGCGUGGAGGGAAAAGAUGCCAAUACAGGGCCUCGAACUGGAGACCCUGAGCACGAAGGAGCUCCUUCUUAAUGUCGUGAGAGUGAUGUCGGGCGUCUCGCUCUCGGUUGAGCCUAGCGACAGAUGGGUGUAGUGUCCCUCCAAAGUCGUGACUUGAGUCUCAAUGUUGUUGGAGGAAGAGGGUCCAACAUCAGAUGAUGAUGCAGAAGCGUCGGCAUGGCCGCGUAGGCGGUGGUGGAGCUCUAUGGGAUGACUCACCCUACAUUUAAUAUGAACGAGACUAGUACAUGUAGAGCUUGAAGCUCUCGAAUGAAAAUAUUAUUGAUGAUUGUUUUCUGUUUCUUGAUAUACAUGACUCGACCGCUAUCGCUACUUAUACACAAGGCUAUAACAACCAUAAAUGACAAGGACAAAAACUUCCUUUCACACAACAACACGAAAGUCCCAAACCAACAAGCAAAUGAAUUGACUAAUAAAAAUGUGAUUGGCUAAUUAUAGAUUAAUCACCAAACUUAGAGGUGAUAGAUCAUGGAUUGGUGAAUUUCAUGGAUAUGGAUAAAAUGAAUUGGUGGAUUUAUGGUCCCAGUGAAAUCUAGAUAUUUGACCAAUAUUUAACUUUUUGAAAAAAUUAAGUUUAAAAUAUCAUUGUAAAAAGUUUAGGUACCAAAAUAUAGUUUUUAAAGAUAUUUUACAUUAAAAUUUAAAUUUAGGUAUCAAAAUUUUACAUAUAUCCAUGAAUCCACCAUCCAAUUGGCUUUGAAUUAAGUAAAUAUUUUAGUGGAUGGAUUUGUGGAUUAGAUAUAAAAUUGCUACCUCUACCCAAACUCCUAAUAGCGUAACAUACUCCUUCAUCUUUGUUGUCACACUUACAAUGACCAAGGUUGUCAUGUUGGUGGAAUGCCGACCGAUUGAACUUGGUAUAAAAGGUGUCAGCCAUGAAACUUAUAGGAAGACCACCAGUAUGAUCAACAAGAUCUAUCCUCGACCUAUAAACAAAAUGAUGUUGUUUUAGUAAAUUUAAUUAAAAAAUAAUUUAAAAUUUAUUUUAUUAAUUUGAAAGUUAAAUGUUGAUUUUAUUCGUUGAAUCCAAGUACAAACGUUUGGAUGCUGACUUUAAAUUUUGUAUUUAAAUAUGCAUAUUUUUAUUUUGUUUGGACUCUUUUAUUAAAUAUAAAAAUAGAUAUUGUAAAUGGAUUGUAUUCAAUUAUGUGUUUUAUAUAUGCAUAAAUCAUUUGAUAUUAAUAAAUUUUCACAUUUCCAAAUAUAUUUUAAAACCGAUAUGAACCAAUAUAAAUUGAUUAUACCCAAAUCGAACAAUAACACUUGCUAAAUCAAUUCAACAGUAUAAACCAAUUUGAGAACUCAUAUACGAAUUUCUACUCCUUGCACAUAAAUUAAAAAUCAGAUCAAGACAACCAUAUAUAAAUUAUAACAUAUCUUUAACUUUUUUUUGGCUAUGACAUAUUUUUAUUGUUCCAUAGUAAGUUUUUUUUAUUUUCUUAUAAAGGUUCCGUGGUAAGUAUUAAGGCUGGCUAAUAGUGCCAGCCCACAUGACUUUUUCUUUUCUUCUUAACGUUCACACUGCUCUUUUGGUAAACAAAUUAAUGUUUAUUAUCCGGCAAUCAUCUUAAGUCUUAACUUAACUUUACUUAAUUAUUAUUUCUUUUAGCAGGGAGCUUUCGCUGUCUGUGGACCGAGUGUUGUUUGGAGUAUCGGCUAGGAUGAGAUGCACGUGGAGGUUAAAUUGGGACGUGGCUCAUAGAUCACCGUUGGAUGGAAGGUGGAAAUUGAGACGAAAAGUGGUCCGUGGAGGAUCUGCUUUGGUUGGCUUGACGAUUGUGAGGUGGGAGAGUGGUCAGAAAUCAGAACGGUAUUUCUUGUGUAGCAAAUCUUGUUUAAAUAAGAAAUUUUGUAAACGAACUUUUCUUGUUUUUCUUUUUUGCAUUUAAUUUGAUGAAAAUUAUCUAAAUGAAUUUUUGACACAUUUUACUAGUUUUAUUGGAGGUGUAAACUAACAUAUUUUCAACGUAUUUAUUGGGAAUAUGUUUAGUCCAUCUUGUAAAUACACUAAACACGCGCGGUGUGAAUACUCUUAAUAAGUAUUGUGAAUUGAA